AUGCCUCGCCCAGGCAAAAAGCAAAAAGGUCCCCCAGCUCGAGGCCAGCGACCUGGUCCUCAGAAAGGACAACAAGCACCCGUUGCAUCACAAUCCAAAUCCAAGGCUAAGGGAGGCAAUCCUGCGAAGUCUGGAGCUGGAGAGGAUGAGAAGAAGAAUACAGCUCCCUUGCAGGCUAAUCAGAGGCCUAUUGUGCCUUUCUUAAGAGGAGAUCGGAUCUUGUUAGUUGGUGAAGGUGACUUCUCAUUUGCCCGCUCUCUGGCAACACAGUACAAAUGUCGCAAGUUAUGCGCUACAAGUUACGAUUCACAAGAAACGCUCUUGGCCAAAUACCCACAAGCAGAGCAAAAUAUUCAAGACAUUUUGAACUCAAACAAACCAAGAUCCAAACCAAAUGAUUCAGACAAUCCAGCUGAGAAGGAUAAUGACAAAUCCACUCAUCCAUCUCAGGGUCCCAAAAUCCUUUAUUCGGUCGAUGCCAAGAAAUUAGGCAUUCCAGGUGGAGGAGGAGGAAAAGAAAUCAAAUUCGGAUAUCCGCGAAAAGAGGCCAAACGACCAGCUUGGAAGAUUCAGCAACAACAGCCGAAACCGACCAAGAUAGACCCGAGAGCAAAUGCAAAUGCUAAAGCGAAUGAAGAACUUGCUCGUGAACUGGAAGAGAAGAAACCCGUUUAUGGUCCUUGGGAUGUUAUCUGUUUUAAUUUCCCACAUGUUGGUGGUCUUUCAACGGAUGUCAACCGACAGGUUCGUUCGAAUCAGGAACUACUUGUUGCGUUCUUUAAGGCUUGUGUUCCUCUUCUUUCUGGUGCCCCCGAACCGGUGGAUUCGGAUGAUGAGUGGAGUGAGGAUGAGGAAGAGGAGAGUGAGGAUGAAGAUGAGGAGGAUGAGCAGGUUUCUGGGAAAACUACUAGAACUGGGCCUGGUCAGAUCCUUGUUUCUAUUUUUGAGGCUGAGCCGUAUACUCUUUGGAAUAUUAAGGAUCUGGCUCGUCAUGCUGGAUUACAGGUGGUCACUAGUUUCCGCUUUCCUUGGUCUUCUUAUGAGGGAUACUCACAUGCAAGAACGCUGGGCGAGGUUGAAGGGAAGAAUGGGGAGAGAGGUGGAUGGAGGGGAGAGGAUCGGGAGGCGAGAAUGUAUGUUUUUGAGGUUAGGGAGGAGCCUGCGAAGAAGGAGAAGGGGAAGGGGAAGAAGGAGAAGGGGACGAAGAAGAGAACAAGAGAGGAGUCUGAUGAUAGUGAUUAG